CCGUCUCGCUGCCGCGUCGGGGUGUGACAUGGGGCCGUAGGUGUAGGAACGAGUUUACUUUUGGACGUAUGGUUUCACAUUUCCGGGACGUUGCUGGGGGCUGGUGUUUUUUUUUUUUUUUUUAAACUUUGAUGUCUAGAGUCCUCGGAAAUUUGUAAUUUAAUAAAUGCAUUAGGAAGGCGAGGCAGCUGGACUGUAGACGCCGGUGCGUAAUUGGGGCUGCGGGCACUUUGUUGGGGUCGUUUGGCGCCCCAGGGGAGAGGCUGAGCCGGUCUUCUCCCGUGGGUUUAUCUCAGAAGACUGAACUUUGCCGAGCCGCCUCGUGACGUGGUGGACCAAGUUGCGCCUUCUGGUCCUUGUGCUCGAGACGGGACGAAGGGAAUCCUGAGCCAGGUGUUGUGGUUGCAAAGCACUUUCCUCUUCCGGAAUCUUUAUAUAAUCCUCGUUAGGAAGAGCCACAGCCUUCUGCGCGCGAAAGACAGCAAGCAGGAUCUUCGAACGUGAAAACCAGGUUUGCACGGACAUCCGUCUGUGCAGUCACGGAGCCUUGGUUGUGUUCGCAUCUGUCUGUGUUUCUGCGCUUUAAACCACACUUGCUCUGUGCAGCAGCAACUUUGUCUUUGCAGAAAACACCUGUUUGACUUCUCCAUACUCUGGCGUAUUUGCAGCCUUGGGUCCUUGCCCCAAGUCCUGAUGCAAUGGCAUUGUUUCAGAGGGCGGGUAAAAUAUACUUCCAUUAAAAACCUUUUAAGCCUCUUGUCUGAUUUAAGUUUUCAGACAUCUAGGCGUCUCACAGCAGGCUUCUGUUUUUGUUUUUAAAACAUGCUAGCAAAACUGUCAGGCCACUGCCUCAGGUAAGAGGCAAGAGCUUUUAAUAAUUGUUUUCCUUUAGGCGUUUCUCAAAGGAUCCAGGACGAAGUAGAUGGAAUAAGGCCCAGACCUAUUACCUCUUAGGAUACGCUGUUGUGUGUUGAUGCUAUAAAAUAAGUGACAACUGGGAAAAACUGCACCAGUAAUGAACCUCCAGAGUGUUUUCUUCAGAGAUUGUGCCCAUUUGAUUUCCACCUGCAGCGCACAGGGGUUCCAAUUUCUCUGCCUAGGAGGACCUGAGAAGCAGUUUCUGCAAUGGUUUGCCCAGGUUUCGGGAGAGUUGCACACACAUGUGCCUAUGUGGUGAGAAAGGCCAGUCCAUUCCGCAGUGUCCCUCAGCAUCGGGCCUGGGGUUCAAGGCCUGCGGCAUCAGAAUCUGCUGCCCAAGGAACUCGAGGCUCCAGCGUGGUCGAGCUGCUUGGGAAAUCCUACCCUCAGGAUGACCACAGCAACCUCACCCGGAAGGUCCUCUCCAAGGUGGGCAGGAACCUACACAACCAGCAGCAUCACCCUCUGUGGCUGAUCAAGGAGAGGGUGAAGGAGCACCUGUACCAGCAGUACGUGGGGCGCUCUAGGUCCCCACUGUUCUCCGUCCACGACAACCUGUCCCCCGUGGUCACUACCUGGCAGAACUUUGACAGCCUGCUCAUCCCAGCCGACCACCCCAGCAGGAAGAAGGGGGACAACUACUACCUGAACCGGACUCACAUGCUGCGAGCACACACGUCGGCACACCAGUGGGACCUGCUGCACGCGGGCCUGGACGCCUUCGUGGUGGUGGGCGACGUGUACCGGCGCGACCAGAUCGACGCGCAGCACUACCCGGUUUUCCACCAGCUGGAGGGAGUCCGGCUCUUCUCCAAGCACGAGUUAUUUGCUGGCGUAAAGGAUGGAGAGAGCUUGCAGCUCUUUGAACAGAGCUCUCGAUCUGCCCACAAGCAGGAGACACACACCAUGGAGGCCGUGAAGCUUGUAGAGUUUGACCUUAAGCAAACGCUGACCAGGCUAGUGACGCAUCUUUUUGGUGAUGGUCUGGAGAUAAGAUGGGUGGACUGCUACUUCCCUUUCACGCAUCCCUCCUUCGAGAUGGAGAUCAGCUUCCACGGAGAAUGGCUAGAAGUCCUUGGCUGUGGGGUGAUGGAACAACAGCUGGUCAAUUCAGCUGGUGCUCAAGACCGAAUAGGUUGGGCUUUUGGCCUAGGGUUAGAGAGACUGGCCAUGAUCCUGUACGACAUCCCGGACAUCCGCCUCUUCUGGAGCGAGGAUGAACGCUUCCUGAAGCAGUUCCGCCUCCCGGACAUCAAUCAGAAGGUGAAGUUUCAGCCUCUUAGCAAAUACCCUGCCGUGAUCAAUGACAUUUCCUUCUGGUUGCCCUCUGAGAAUUAUGAAGAGAAUGAUUUCUAUGAUUUGGUCCGAACGAUUGGCGGAGACCUGGUGGAAAAAGUGGAUCUUGUGGACAAGUUUGAACACCCAAAGACACACAGGACCAGCCACUGUUACCGCAUCACGUACCGCCACAUGGAGCGGACCCUGUCCCAGAAGGAGGUCAGGCAUGUGCACCAGGCCGUGCAGGAGGCAGCGGUGCGGCUGCUGGGCGUGGAGGGCCGCUUCUGACGCCGCUGCUCACCCCUGCUCCGGGCCCGGCAUGUGCUGCGAGUGGAAGACGGCGCUGUUUGUGAGCUGCAACGUGCGUGGUCUCUGGAUAAAUGGGGUCAGUUUUAGGACGUGGAGGAAAAUGAAUGCUCCCCCCUGGGAACCUGUU